UAUUCCUUCAUUUUUAAUCAGAUGUCUGAAAUUCGAGCGUUAGACAUGAAACCACCUUCGAUAGGAAACUCUUUAAAUCUCACAGUAAAACUUUUCAACGUGAAUCGGGCUCCAAUACGCGAAAACAAAAGAGCAGAGUGCAGAGAUUUCUGUGAUAUCAGACGAGAAUGUUUCCUUGUCCCUCAAAAACAUUCUCUCUUUUCACAUCAUCUGAUCAUUAAACUAUGACCCACAACCUUGAAAUCUAAUGGCAUUUCAUGUAAAUAUACCCCAAAUUCAUGUGGUAUUUUACCCCUCUCACGUUUCUAUAAAAAUACCCCCUCACUAGUCAAGUAAUAUAGAUCUUUAACAUUGUGUGUGUUAGACAGAAAAAGGAAAAUAGAAAAAUGGUGAUGGUAGUAGGAAAGGAGCAAGAUAAAUUACAAGCAGUAUGGUUUGCAGCAGGUGUGGCUGCUUUAAUGGCAUGUUUAGAACGUGCAAUAUUAGUUUCCUUUGUGGAACAAUGGAGACUUAUAGCCUUUCUUUCUCUUAAUCUCUUACUCUUAGCUAUUCUUUUCACAUCUACAACUAGUGCUACUCCCACAACUCCAAAUGUUGAAACCAGCCAACAAAGCACUAGUACUAGCACCAACACUACUACUGAUGAAUCCAAGAUUCAGGAUGAAAAGGUAGGGAAAGAAUGCAAGAAACCUUUGGUACCUUGUGUAGAAGAAGUUUUAGAAGAAGCAAUUACAAAGGAAGUCAUAGUGGAAUAUCCAACAAUAAUUGACAAGAGGGAAAACAUAGAAGAACAAUCAUUAGAUGAUUCUAUAGAUGAAGCUCAGCAAAUUUCAAUGGAGGAAUUGAAUGAAAGAGCAGAAGCAUUUAUAGCAAUGUUCAGACAACAUUUAAUAUCUGAUGCAAAAGCUUAUAGUUAUAGCAAAAGUUGCAGAACUCGAACUUCAAUUUCACUCAAAGGAGGUGACAAAAUUUUUUCAAAGCAUAGACCUAUUUAUUAAAUUUGGCCAACUAUUUCAAAAGUUCAGUCAGGUGAACUAAAGUUUCCGCUAUGCGAGGCGUCCGGACCUGACCACAAGAGUUUAAAUAGGCCAACUAUUCUAGUUGAGGAAAAAAAAAUCAAGGUGGUUCUUUUCAUUCAAAAGCAUUUUACUCGUGUAAUAAUGCUAAAGAUUUUCUGAACAGAAAGACCUAUCUUGAUCUUUAGUUACAAGUUGACACUUUUUUUUCUAUUUUUUUCAACUAUAAUUUGAGACUUGAGUCGCAACUCGCAACCAAGCUUGUUCUCUUGUUGUUGCUGAAAGAGGCAAAUUCAGAAUUUAAGGGCAGUAGAUUUAUUAUUUGCGCGAUCUUAUUAUGUAUGUAAGUGUUGUUUACUUUUUCUCAACUAUAGUUUCAGUAGCAA